AUGAAAAUUUACAACUUAUAUCAUUUUCCAUGCCUGAGGGGUUCAGUAAUUCCAUGGAUUCUUCCUAGUACUUUGUUAGUUACAGUGAUAGCCACAAUUAUAACUAUUCUUUAUGAAUUAACUGAAGUCAAGCUUAGUAUCGAUGGAACAUUCAUCAAUGUGAUCGGUAUUGUGAUAGGUUUGCUACUUACAUAUAGAAUUACUGUUGCAUCCGAAAGAUAUUGGGAAGCUGUAAACCAUUGGACAGUGAUGACAGCUUCUAUCCGUUGUAUGUCUAGGAUUAUUUGGAUAUAUGUGGAUGAAAGUGAAGAAACUGAAGAAAGAACGGCGGAUAUACUUGGAAAAAAGGCUGCUAUAAAACUUCUAUUGGCUUUUGCUAAAUCCACAAAGCAUCAACUUCGUGGGGAAGAAGACCCGGUGAAUUGCAAUGAUGUUAAGCCUUUAAUUUCAAAUUUCAGAUCCUUUAUUUCUUAUGAUAAUAAUUUUAGAAAUGUUAGUAAUAGUGGGGCUGGAUUAUCCGACCGGCUAUUUAAGCAAAAAAAUUGUACAUUUGAUUCUUCCUAUAAAUGUAAUCUGAACAUUUUAUCAUAUUUAUUCGCUUAUCUUCAAAAAAUAACAAAAGACGGAAAAGCUAAUGAAAUUACAAUUAGUAUUCUGAACGAAAAUUUAAUCAAAAUUAAUGAAUGUUUGUCAAAUCUUGAUAAAUUUAUAAACACCCCUAAACCUAUAUCAUAUUCAAUUCUCAUUUCCCAAACAGUAUGGAUUUACUGUUUGCUUUUGCCUUUCCAAUUGAUCGCAAAUUCAGGAUGGGCUACAAUUCCCUUGGUCUUUCUGAUGGUCUUUAUCCUUUUUAGUGCUUAUAAAACUGGUUUAGAUAUAGAAGAUCCAUUUGGAUAUGACUUUAAUGAUAUUGACCUUGAUUACAUAUGCAGGUAA